AUGACAAACUCCGCAGAGGAUGCUCUGGAGCUUGACCCGGCUCCAUCAAAGCCCAUCUCAAAGCCAUGGGUGUUUCCAGUCCCAAAGGGAGCCCUACAGCGGAUCUUUGGGAGCAGCCAGGUGUUCCAGAACUUGGAUGUUGUAAAACCGAAGAUCACGGGAUUAACAGUGCCCCUCAAAGUCAGGGAGUACUACCACCAAGGCCUGCAGUGCUUGGAGAAAGAGGACUGGGAGAUGGCUGUGCUCUUCUUUUCCCGUGCCCUCCACCUGGACUCUGAGCUGGUAGACUUCUACGCUUUACGAGCUGAGGCCUACAUCCAGCUCUGUGACUUCUCCUCGGCUGCCCAGAACCUGCGAAGGGUCUACUCCUUCCAGCCGGAGAACACCAAGUACCUGGAGCGACUUACCUUGGUCCUUUACCUGCAGGGCCAGUGCCUGUUUGAGCAAUGUGCCUUCCAGGAAGCCCUGAGGGUCUUCUCACAUGCCUCCGCGCUCCAGCCGGGGAAAGCCAGCUUCCGUUACCGAUGCAUGGCCUGUCUCCUGGCCCUCGAACAGUAUCAGGACUGCCUCUCACUCGUCACUGAAGAGGUGAAGCUUGGUACAACCAAUGCCGAUGUCUUCAUCCUCCGAGCCAGGCUCUACAACUUCUUCCAGAAGCCCGGCCUCUGCUAUCAAGACCUGCACAGCGCCUUACUGUUGGACCCCAAGCACCCACAAGCCAAGGCGCUGCUCCAGAUGAUGGUGGACCAAGCCCAGCAGGCGCGUCAGGAUGCCGGGAUCCUGGCCGUGCAGGGCAAGCUGCAGCACGCCCUGCAGUGCAUCAACUGUGCCAUCGAGAACAACCCUCUGGACCCCGGCCUCUUCCUCUUCCGGGGCACCAUGUACCGCCGGCUCCAGGAGUUUGAUGCCGCCGUGGAGGACUUCCUGAAGGCUCUGGACAUGAUGAGCGAGAGCCAGGAGCGCGCCGUGCAGCAGGCCCAGCGGCAGCUGCUGCUGACCUACAACGACUUCGCCGUGCACUGCUACCUGCAGGGCGCCUACCAGGAGGGCGUGCUGCUGCUCAACAAGGCCCUCAAGGACGAGCAGCAGGAGAAGGGCCUCUACAUCAACCGGGGCGAUUGCUUCUUCCAGCUGGACAACCUGCUCUUUGCGGAGGCCGACUACCAGCAGGCGCUGGCACUGAGCCCGCGGGAUGAGGGCGCCAACCUGCGCAUGGGGCUGCUACAGGAGAAGAUGGGCUUCUGCGAGCAGAGGGGCAGGCAGUUCCAUAAGGCGGAGAGCCACUUCUCCAUGGCCAUCCAGCACAACCCCCAGAAGGCCCAGUACUACCUGUACCGUGCCAGGAGCCGGCAGCUCCUGCAGAACAUUUUGGGGGCCCGCCUGGAUGUUGCCACCGUCCUGCUUCUCAACCCCAAGCAACCCAAGCUGCUCACCCUGAUGGCCAGCCUCUUCCCGGGCAUGUCGGUGGAGGAUGUGCUUUGCAGCCAGGUGGCCCACCUGGCCAGGCUGCAGUUGGAUCGGGUGUUGGAGCAAAGAAGCCUGCAGGCUGGCAUCCCUCAAGGCAUCGUGGGGCAACUCAGGGAGCGGGAACUAGAGCGCCAGAAGGCUCGGGCCCUGCAGUUCUGGUGGAAGCCUUUGUUUGGGAUCUCUGAAGAGCUCGAGGCCGCUCCCCAGACCCUGACAGGGGAGCCAGCAGGUGCAAAGGCAGCCGAGGCCCUCCACGAGGAGGAAGAGUCUGACCACUCCCCUUCCUGUCCAGUCUUCACCUCUCCUCCUGCUGCGCGGCCCCUGCUGGGCCCCCUGAAGAGCUCUAAGCUGCCGGCCUUCCUUCCAGAGCUGAGAUGCUGGCCCAGGGGGCCUCCCACAGCCAGCAACUUCCCCACCUUUCUUCUGCCCCAGGAAGAGAAGCAGGAGCCCGCAGCCGGCAGGGUGAGGUCCCCGUCCGAAGGCUACCCCGACCAGACCUCUUCAGGCUCCGUCUUCGGCUUCAGGACCAUGUCCAUCUCAGAGACGUCUACUAUUUGCAAGGAAUACAGGAGCACCUCAGCCACUGCUGUGACAUCCUCCGACUCCUCACUGCUGAAGACUCAAUCCUCAGACCUCUUGGAGAACAACAGGGAACACCUAAGCUUGAGCAACAGCCCCCAAAAUACCAAGGUCGCCCAAGGGCAGAGCCAGAGCCCCAGCAGGACCAAAGUCACCCAGAGCCAGAACCAGAGCCCCAGCAGGACCAAGGUCACCCAGAGCCAGAGCCAGAACCCCAGCAAGACAGAGUCCACCCAGGGCCAGAGCCAGAGGCCCAGCAAGACCAAAGCUACCCAGGGCCAGGGUCGGAGCUCCAAAAGGACAAAGGUCACACAGGGCCAGAGCCAGAGUUCCAGCCAGACUGAAGCCACCCGAAGCCCAAGACAAAAACCUAACAAGACCAAGGCCACUCAGGGCCCAAGGCAGAGGCUUAGGAAGAUCAAGGCUGCCCACAGCUGGCGUGGGGGACUGAUCCGAAGUUCUAGCAGGACCAAGGAUUUCUAUGAUCCAAGUUGGAGCCCCAGCAACACUGAGGCCACUCAGGACCAAUGCCAAAGGUCCAGCAAGACCACGGCUGCCCAGAGCUGGAGCCAGAACACAAGCCCAGGUUAUAGCAAGACCGAGGACACCUGGGGACUGAACCCAACUCUCAGAAAACCCCAGACCAGAGGGCCUGAGCCAGAACCCCAGAAGAAUCAAGACUGGCCCAGCAGUGACACUGAUCCCUGA